UCUAUGGAACAUCGUCCGUAUUUCACUGUUAUCAAGAGAUUGCAUAAACACAGAACUAACUGUAGUUUCCGAUUUUAUUUUGCUUUAGGACGGCUCUUGACUAUGAACUGACGCGUUCUGUUCAAAGACUUUUGAAAUUGUUAUACAUAGGUACAUUGCUGAGUAUGUCGCUGUAAGAGUCUCACAAAAAGGAGUAACUGAUGUUACGAGUAUUGCCUCACAAUGGCAGGAGGCAAUCACCCAUCAAGAUAUGGACCAAAGCUGCAACGUCAGUGUUCGCACCCCCAUUAAAUUGGAGUUAUGGAUAUGCGUUAAAACCCCAAAAAAUGUUUUUAAACAACACUGGACUUUCAUUAACAUUGACGGUCAAUCACAAGGAACCUCUUCAGAUAUCUUCUGGGAUGCUAAAUGUGCCAUAUAAAUUUGAACAGCUCCAUUUUCACUGGGGAGAACACGAUGGGGUCGGCAGCGAACACAUAAUAGAUGGAUUCACCUAUCCCAUGGAGAUGCACAUUGUACAUUCACAGAAUCUCAGAGAAGAUAUUGAUAAGUUCGUUGUCAUCGCUUACUUCUUUAUGAUAACUCCAACUGCAAAUCCUUCUCUACAAGGCUUACUAGAUGCGGCAAUUGCCUUGAAACAUGAACAGCAACAUAAAGUAACUCCCUUUGCACUAGCGCAGAUACUUCCUGAUCGAUGUUCAUAUUUUACAUACAAUGGAUCGCUCACUACACCACCGUACACAGAAUCUGUAACGUGGAUUUUAGCAACCAGUGAAGUUCCUAUUUCGAGAACUCAGCUAGGGGUUCUAAGAGAGGUUGCGAAAAAGCACAAAGGACUCCGGAACAAUUACAGAUGCAUCCAGAAUACUAACGAGCGUUCAGUUUACUUUCUGAGUGGGAAACCUGCAUACUCACACAACUCGCUGUAUAAAUAAGACUACCUAACCUAAAACUGUAAUAGAAAUACAACUUCUUCCUAGUUUCCCGUAAUGUUUUUAGUUCAUUAGGAGGCGGUACGUGACAACUCGCCACCGAAUUACUCGUCAAACGAACCAACUCACCAACGCGACAUCUCGCCAAUGGACAACUCGCCAUCGCCGUAACUCUCCAAAACGAAACAUUUGCUUAUGGGAUUAGCUCUUCACUAACCGAUGUAUAUAUUGAUGAGAACGUAGUCAAUUUGAAAAUGUUAACAAAAAAUUGGGACCAAAAUCUUACCUUCACAAGCAAAGUGGUACAAUCCGUGUAUGCUCCAUUUCGCUGUCUUUAUAAAUACAAAACUAUUCUUUUACCUUCUCUCAAACGAGAACUUGUUGUCCAUAUUUGUGUGUGAUGUAUAAGGUCCGUGUUAAAAAAAUUCCCAACAGUUCAAAACACAUACAUUCCAUCUCAAGCAGUUGAAUCCUUCAAAUAAACGAUAUACACUAUGUACGUUUAAUUCAUAAAAUUAUAAAAUUUGACACCAUAGGUACUUGCAAUCCAAAAUACUUUUUGGUAAAGAUUUAGAUGAUCGUAAUCUAAGAAAUAAAUACGAUAUUCAAAUACCUGCACAUCGACCGCAAAGUUGCAAAUCCUUAUGGAAUUUCUGAACGAACAAGAGAAAACAAUACAAUUAUUUACAAUACACAAAAUAAAUCUCCGAGGAUACGCUCUAUGACACACACAAGCCACUGUAAAGGCUUAAUAUUUAUUAUUUCUUUUUACCGUAGACAAUAGGGUAGAUGACAAAUUUUUUAAAACCACUUAUAACUGUUCGUAU